AUGCACAAAUCUUCGAAGUCUGAGUACUCCGUGGUUGGCCAGCGGGAGCAGCGUGAUGUGAUCGACGCAGCGGUGUCGGAGACGACCCGGGUCGUAGGCAGUGCCACCCGCCCGUGGCACUACAGCCUGUGUGUGACCUGCACCGAGAUGAACUCGUGCCUCGAGUGCUGCUUCUGUACGGUGUGCCAGCUAAGCCGCCAGUUCAACAUGCUGUAUAACAACAAACCUGAACUGCACCUUCCUGUCUGCCUGCUGAUCACAGGACUGAGCGUGUCCGGUAUCCCCUCGAUCUUUGUGCUCGAGUACAUCAUGCGCAGUGACAUUCGUCGCCGCUACGGUAUUGAGGGCAACCUGUUGAAAGACUGCUGUGUGUCGUGGCUGUGCGAAGCGUGUGCGGUGCAGCAGCAGUUCCUGGAGAUGACGUCUCUCGGCAUGUGCCCCGGCAUGAGUAUGUGCGGCGUCGCCCCUGUAGCGCCAGAGGCGCCGGUAAUGCUUUAG